CCCCCGCGGCCGCUCGCCCCCAGAGGCGCGGCCCGCGGCCGCCUGCCCGCUGCGGGAGUCGGGGCUGCGGCGGGCUCUAACGCCGCGUUCCCCCCACGCUCCUCCCGCCGGGUUUCUCUUCCCCCUCCCCUGUCUUCUCGCCCCCCGAGGUAUGGAAGCACAAACAACCAUGGACACACACACUGGAAUCAAGGAUUUUGGUUCCAUUCAUGACAGAAUUGGACUGGCUUAGUAACCCAAGCUUCUCUACAGAAGAUGCACUGUUACUGCAUCAGCGCGCUACAGAAGGUGCAAAUCUCAUCCCUGAAAAAUCACCACUACUGAUAAGGACUACUUCAAGAUCAGAUUUGUCAGAGGAAAGUGAUACAGAUGGGAGUCUGAAACAGUCAAGUAAGAAAAGGAAAAAGAAAAAGAAAAAGAGAAAGCAUCACCACUAUAAGAAGGCAAAAAAGAAAACCAGAGGGGACUCCAGUAACAGUGAAUCAGACGUGGACAUUAAGCACAUCAAGGACAAAGGUGCAGGAAGUGGCAGAAAUCACAAAAAGGGAGCAGCAGCAAAUCUAGAUAAGAAAACAUCAAAUCCUACCAGCAGUCGCUUCGUUUGGCUUGAUGAUAUCCAGGCUUCUACAGCAGAAACCUUCAGAAUAGACAAGAAGCCAGACCCUGCAAACUGGGCCUACAAAUCCCUGUAUCAAAGGGACAUAGCAAGAUAUAAAAGGAGAGGAGAGUCCUGUCUUGGCAUAGAUGCCAAGAAACAGUCUAUAACUUGGGAGAGUUCUGCAUCAAAAAAGAAGCAACUGCAGAAGCAACCUGAGCGUUACUUCGCAAAGGACAAUGUGAAGAUGCUGAACACUGAUGGAAUGCCUGUUUGCAGCAAAAUUUCGCCAUCUGACACAACUACUUUUAUACCCAUUCUCCAAAUGGAAACUGAUAAUCCUUCAGACACAACAGAGUUAAAUCCUCUUGGGAUUUAUGAUUCAUCAACUUUACUGUGGCUACAAGGAAAAGGGUGCAAGAGUGCGGACCAUGAGCCUGAAAAUACGCAGCAAACAAUUCAAGAGCCUGGGAUAAAUGUUAAGUCUGAUCUGAUGGCAAAAGUGGAAGAACAUAACAAGAAAGUCAGAGAAAACCCAGGAGAUAUUAAUGCUUGGAUGGAAUUUGUUUCUUUUCAGGAUGAAUUGAUGGGAGGACCUGGCCCUUAUGCCAGUAAGGGAGAGCAGGAAGUAAGAAAAAAAUCACUGAAGUUUAUCUUAGAAAAGAAACUAGCAAUUUUGGAGAAGGCAAUUGAAAGCAAUCCAAGUAAUGUUGAUCUGAAACUCGCCAGGCUGAAGAUUUGCUCAGAAUUCUGGGAGCCACCAGCUUUGAUCAAAGAAUGGCAGAAGCUAAUUUUCUUACAUCCCAAUAAUCCGGAGCUGUGGAAGAAAUACCUCCUGUUCAGUCAAAGUCAGUUCACUACCUUUUCUGUUUCAAAAAUCAAUAGUCUCUAUGGAAAAUGUUUGACUACAUUGGCAGCUGUACGGGACGGCAGCAUGGUAUCACAUCCUCUUCUGCCUGGCACAGAAGAAGCUAUGCUAGCUAUAUUUGUUCAGCAGUGCCACUUUCUGAGACAGGCUGGUCAUUCUGAGAAAGCAGUGUCUUUGUUUCAGGCUCUGAUUGACUUCACCUUCUUUAAACCUGACAGUGUAAAAGAUCUGCCAACAAGAGGACAGGUGGAAUUCUUUGAACCCUUUUGGGAUAGUGGAGAACCACGAGUUGGAGAAAAAGGAGCAAGAGGCUGGAAAGCAUGGAUGCACCAACAAGAAAAGGGUGGCUGGGUUGCUCUUAAGCCUGAUGAUGAUGAUGAUGAUGAAGAUAUAGAUGAGGAUCAAGAAAUAAAGGAUAGAACUCUUCCCAAGUGGCAUAUUUGGUUGGAUAUUGAAUAUUCUCGUGAAGCCAGGCAUUGGUUACCUUGGAGGCCAGACAAAAACAAAAAGGAAGCUGAAGAAGAUUGUGAAGAUCCAGAAAGACAGGUAUUAUUUGAUGAUCUUGGACCAUCUUUAAUCCAGAUUUCUAAUCCAGACCUUCAACAUCAAAUACUGUAUUCAUUUUUGCAAUUCCUGGGAGUUCCAUGUACAAGGAAACUCUUUCCUUCCAACCUCUAUAUUGCCAUGGAUGAAAAUAACAUCUUUGACAGUGUGCUUUCUGAUGAAAAGCCGCUCACUUAUGUUGAUUUUCCACUUUCUGGAUUCAACAGUAUUGGUCAUAUGGACACAAUGCUCCGAGGGAGACAUCACAUAGGCCACUACAAAGAAGGAGAGGAGUUCAUACAGAAUGUUUUUCAUGUUCUAUUCCCACUGUUUUCAGGAAAGGAAAAAUGUAACCUGUCCAUUUGUUGGUUACAGUAUGAAAUAUCUAAGGUAGUUCAGUGUCUCCAAGGAAAAAAGAAGAAGCAGCUGAAAGCACAAGGGAGGAAGAGUAAAAAGUUGGCCAAGAAUCUCCUUAAAGCACCUGACAACCGAAACCACCUUUCUCUCUGGAAGCUGUAUGCCUACCUGGAAUGGCUGCUUGGUAACAUUGAUGAUGCCAGGAAAGUGUUUGACACAGCUCUUUGCACAGCUGGAGCAGAAGGAUUGAAGAGUCCCGAGCUCUGCAGCCUCAGUCUCCUUUAUGCUCAGCUCGAAGUUGAAAUGCUAGAAAGUAUAGAAGUAGCUGUUAUGUCACGUGCUGCUCAUAUAUUGACCACAUUGGCUGAGAGUGGACCAUAUGUGCCGUAUAGUGGACAAGUGUUAUCUGUGAAUGUGUUGAAAGCUCGUAAAACAUACGAGAAUGCACUGCAAGAUUAUUUAAGUAAAACACCAGUUUCCGAUCAGGAUCAGGGCGGUGACGCUGAUCAUCUGGUUAACUUGGUUGGUUGUUAUGCACUCUUCCAGUAUUUGACUGUUGGGAUUGAUGCUGCAGUAUUAAUAUAUGCACAGACUUCAGAAAAACUUGAAGCUUCGGGUCCAGAGAAAUGUGAAAAUACUGGAGAGAAUUUUGGCAUUCAGAAUUUUCCCACUGCUCUCGAAGCCGUCACACUGCUGCAUAUGAAUUUACUGAGAUUCCACAUGAAAAUCAGUAUUUAUCCUUUAAAUCCUCUGCGGGAGGCACUAACGGAGGCUCUGAAACGGUAUCCUAGCAACCAGUCUCUUUGGAGGUCGUAUAUCCACAUCGAAAGGAAGUCUCACAGUGCUAGCAAAGCACGAAGAUUUUUUGAUGGUGUCACAAGGUCCACUAAGUCUUUAGAGCCAUGGCUGUUUGCAAUCCAAGCAGAGCAGAUGAGAAAAAAACUCACUGACAAUGUCCAGAGGGAAGAUGUUGGUGAAGUACAUUCUACUAUUCCUGAAACUGGGCUAACAAAUCGGAUUGUAGCUCUGUUUGAACAUGCAGUGCAGAGUGAAAAUGGUACCCAUUGUCCACUGCUGUGGAGAAUGUAUUUGAACUUUCUGGCUUCAGAAGGAAAAAAAGAAGAGAGUAAAGGAUUGUUUUAUAAAGCCCUUCAAAACUGUCCUUGGGCAAAGGUGCUCUAUAUGGAUGCAGUGGAGUACUUCCCUGACGACCUGCAGGAGACACUUGACCUGAUGACUGAAAAAGAACUGAGAGUGCGGCUGCCUAUGGAAGAGCUGGAUCUGCUGUUAGAGGUUUAAAAGAGGACUGCAGAUGAGCAGAGAAAGUACAGAAGCUAGUUCCAAAACAACCAGUUGGACCUAUCUCUUCAAACAGGAACUCUGUUGGGACUGGGUACUAUGUUGGGGUUUUUUUUCCUUAAGGUUUUUUGUUGAGGUUUUUUUCGUUGGUUGGUUUUCUUUGUAUUUUUUUUAAGCUUUUAUAAAAAUAGCCAUGCGAAUGGAGUUCCAUUAGCUGCAAGUGUUCUGGAGUCAAGUACUGCAUUUUGCCCACAAAAAUGCAUCCAUUUCUCUGAAGUAUCGCUGGUUCUUACAGAAGGAUACCCUCAUAUAAAUAGCCUCCCGCUGAAAUUGCCCACAUUUUUAUUCUAUUGUUUGAAAUUACAUUCCCUGGAGUUCAGCGGAGCGGCAGUACAUGCCAACUAUGGUUUGGUGAGCAGCACAGGAAAUAAACAUCUGCCAAAUGGAUGCUCUGCUGUCCUCCAGUUGGCAGACUUCAGUAGUUUUGUUCAGCUUGGUAUGUGUGCGUGUGUGUAUAUAACUAGAGUCAAACAGCCAUUACAUCUGUAUAUAAACUCUUAGCACAGGCUGACUCUUUGCUUGAGCAGGCACCUAUUUUGGGCUCGUAUGUUUUGACAGAUGAUCCUUUUAAUAUGAAUAUUUAUGAAAAAUAUACCUGAGUAUUUGAAAAGUCAGAAGGAACUUCAAUUAUUUUUAUUUCUUAAUUUAAUAGAACUGUGAUUGUAUUAAAACUGAAAUUGUAUCCAUAAUGCAUCUCUAAGCAGCUCACUUUUAAACAAGUUUUUGUAACUGAUUGAUUACUCGCUUUUGACCCAAAUACAGGCAAUCAUCAUAAGAGAAGUAGAGGUCUAGUCUGUAUUUAAUCUUCACCAAAGGUGGCAAAGUAGUGAAAACAUGAUUGCUUAAUUAAUAGCUUCUAUUCCAAGAGUCUAGAGAAGUAAUGUGAAAGAAGCAAGCUCCUAGAGAAGUAAUGUGAAAUAUAGUAAAUUUAAAGAUAUGGUUAAACCACAACACUUAGAUAUUUGUUUUAUAAGACUGACUGUGCUGAAAUACGUACCAGGCUGUUUAACGUCCCUCCUCUUGAGACGCAGAUAUACUCAUAAACUGGAUCUUCAUCUGAAAAGAGGGCACCUGCAGCCACUGAACACCCAGCAGUGUUUCAGAGGCUUUUCAGGAGAGAGCUGACCAUCACUAACAGCACUUGCACCAUUGGCGUCAUCCACCUGGUGAGAUUUGACUACAUGGAAAACUGUGGCUGCACAAAGCCAUACAACCUGUGGGUCAGGUGUGCCUGUAGCACCACAAUACAAGAUAUACUACAUUUUAGUUGAAGCUGCACUGCAUUUGUUUAUUUCCAAAAUUAUUUAAAAUAUUACAGGGAACACGUGGAAUUCUAAGCGGCAUUACAGAGCUUCCUGAGAGCCUUCUAACACUGCUGUGGUUGCAAGUGAUGCUGGUUUUGCUACAGAGGUAACUGAUUAGCCUGUGUAAAAAAACCCAACAUAUUUUAUUUUUAAAAUCCAUGCUGCUUUCAGGAAUUCGGAGCCCCUGAACUGGAGGUGGGGGUCACUCUGUGCGCUGAACAUCACAGAUUGUGUGUGUGGUUUUGCUCUCCCAUCAAAGCGGAAUGACAUCUCCUGUAAAGACCUGGAAGGGACGUGGAGAGGCGGGAGGCUCAGUUGUGCUUCUGCUUGUGUUUCUCUCCAAAGUCAUGGAAUCAGAGCAGCCCAGGUUGGGAGGGACCUUGGAAGAUCAUCUGGUCCCACCUUUAGGGGGACAGGGAGCCUAGAUGAGAUGAUGUAGCACCCUGCCCAGUUGCAUCAUGGAAACUGCAGUGGUGGAGGCAGGAAUGACUCUGGUUUCAGACACUUUUCUGUACAUCCCCUCCUCAGCCCUUCCCUUUGCACAGCUUCAACCUGUGCAGCGCUGGUGCUGCCCCUUCGCUUGGGACGCUUGGAGGCUGCUCACUUCCUGGAGCUCCUGGAGCAAGUCCUGCCUUGUAAUUGAAACCCCAGUGGCUUUUCGGGCCCUCAUGGGGUAAGUGAGCUCCAUGUUCACUCACUCCUGAUCUUUAUUACCUUUGUCUUGAUCUUUGUGACUCAAGUUCAAAAAUGUUGGAGAAAGUGGCAGAAGUUAAAUUCUGCUCUGAAAGGUAAGAACUUAAUUUGCCAGUGUGUUUCUUCCUCAGUUACUGGUGUGGCAGACAGCGUAUCAGGACACAGUUCUUGGUUUAGCUUAAUACAUUGCAGCUCAUCAGUUGAACCAACUGCUUUGUAGUUGUUGCUUCCAGUCAGCAUUACCAGCCAUGUCCCACAUAAAAAGCCUUGCUCGCCACAUGUCUGAGCUCCUCAGCCCCUCUAGCGAUGAUGAGAUCAACUGCCGUGAUUAGAAAGUGCUAAAACGUGGCUGGCUCUCUGUGACCUUUCCAAGGACACAGAUCUCCUAAGGUUUGUAAGAAUGGGUAAUAAAACUCUACUGCUUGUUUUUCAUCUCCAGAUGAAAACCAACUCUAUUUCAGGGUUUUUCUGUCAUCUGGAUUCAAGACUCCGUUCAUCUCUAGGGUUUGUUUUUAACAAUGAACCACAUAAUUUGAAUUUAACAAUGAACCACAAAAAAAAGAAACCCAAAAUCUCUUGGCCUUGGUGCUGCCAUUGUUGCUGCAGUACUGGCAGUUACCAAAGGGAUUGCUGCGUGUGCAACUCCUGGUGUCUGUUACUGGCCAGCAUUUGCUCCCACAGAAAGUUUCCAGACCAAAGACUCUGCAUUGCUUGGCUGUGUUCUGGGUAUGGAACUUUA